AUGCGUUCUUUUCCUCUUUUUUUCGCCGCUGCUGCGGCUGGUCUUGCAAGUGCAUCAAACUGGGACUCUGCCGAUGUGACUGUCACAGCAACCUCUACACGAACUCACACGGUCUGCCCAGUGACACAGGUCCUCACAUGCGACGCUUCGGGCCCGACGGAUGUGGGCGCUGACAACGGCUGGCACCCUGGCCAUGGAGACAACGGGGCUGAGAAUGUUUGGGCCUCGCUCUGGGAUGCACAAAAGUCCAAAUACAGUAUUGGACACGGCUGGAACACUGCCACUGCUACUGGUGCCAGCGCCGACAACGGGUGGGGUAAAGGUGGCCAUGGUGGCCAUGGUUCCACUCCGUCAACAGCAGAAGGCUCUGGCCCUUCAACAACUGGCGGGAGUGGAAAUAAUGGCGGUGGAUCGGGAUCGACUCCUACUAGCAGCUAUAGCUACAGUUCGCCAACGAACUCGCCCAGCAGCAGCGGCUACACCCCUACCACUUCAGCGACUUCAACCGCAAGCUCUGGCUCCUGUCCGACUUAUACUCCCGUUAAAAAUGCUACGGAUGAUUACUGCAACUCUGCUGCUGAUCGAUCCGUUUGGUGCGACAAUAAGGAUAUCAACAGCGAUUAUUAUGGUAACUACAGGACCGGUGUCACCCGCAAAUACACCUUUACAAUCACCAACACCACUUUGGUGUUUGAUGGCACUGGUCCCAAACUCGCUCUUGCUAUUAAUGGCCAAGUACCGGGCCCUGUCAUUGAGGCCAACUGGGGUGACAUGGUCGAGGUCACCGUGAUCAACCAAAUGCAAGAUAACAGCACAUCAAUCCACUGGCAUGGUAUCCGUCAGUUCAAUACCAAUGACCAAGAUGGUGUUCCUGGUGUUACCGAAUGUGGUAUUGCCGGAAACGGUGGCAGUCGCACGUACACAUGGCUUGCAAGUUCCUAUGGCACCUCCUGGUAUCACAGCCAUACCAUGGCCCAGUAUGGUGAUGGUAUCCGAGGCCCUAUCGUCAUACACGGACCUGCAACCGCCGACUAUGACUAUGACAUGGGCACGGUCAUGAUCGAUGAUACUUUCCCUAUCACCGCAGCCGCUAUGGCAUCUCGUAUCGCUCACGUCGGACCCGGCGGCUCGUUCAACACCCUCUUCAAUGGCAAGAACAAGAAUCCUGACGGAACUGCUCCUGGUGGAACUCCUUUCUCCUGGGGUGUCAAGCCUUGCAAGAAGCACUUGUUCCGCAUUAUUAACAGCUCUGCCCAAAACAGCUACAUUGUUGGCUUCGACAAUCACACAAUGACUGUCAUUGCUGCUGACUUCGUACCCAUUGUGCCAUACAAGACCACCACCCUCAAAAUUGCAACAGGUCAACGGUAUGAUGUGAUUGUGCAAAUGGACCAAGCACCCAGUAGUUACUAUGUUCGCGCUGUAAUCCAAACUGGAUGUCCCUCUGGUGGCGCCAACUCUGGUCUGGGAACAGCCAAUGCAAUCAUCAACUACGAAAAUGCUACCCCUGUCACCCCUGUCAUCUCAACUCCGAUUACCAAUGUCACCGCCAACAUUUGCCAGGAUGAGCCUCUUGCUUCCCUGGUGCCUUACCUUGAGAAGCCCGCUGGCACUGUUACCGCCUUCCAGGGCUCUGCAUCCACCAUCCCUGCUGGUUCCGUUACCUCUGUUGCCACCAAUGACGAUGGAACUGUAUUCCAGUGGUACAUCAACAACGCCGUUAUCAACGUCAACUGGAGCCAGCCUACUCUCAAGACUUUGGCUGAGGGUUCAUCAGGGAACAACAGCCUCAUUAGCAACCCUGUUGUUCUUAACCAGGCCAACCAGUGGGUCUACUUUGUCAUCCAGAACCAGUUCUUCGCCUCUCAUCCUAUGCACGUCCAUGGUCACGACGUCUCUGUCCUUGGCACAGGCACCGGAACUUUCACCUCUGACAUGGUCAGCUCUCUCAACUUCGACAGCCCCAUGCGUCGUGACACUGUCAUGCUGCAAGGUUCUCCGGGUGUGGGUUUCCCUGCUGGUUACACUGUCAUCGGAUUCGAGACUGACAACCCCGGCGCCUGGCUUAUGCACUGCCACAUUUCCUGGCACGUCGAUGGCGGUCUUGCUCUUCAGUUCAUUGAGAGACCUGACGACAUCCCUGCCAAGAAAUACGUUGAUCAGUCAUUUGAGGAUGAGUGUUCAGCGUUAGAUACCUACGAGGGUUCCAACCCCGAAGGUGCCAAGUUUUCUGGUAAUUCCGGUCUCAAGGCUCGUGGAUAUACAGAUGAGUUGGAUAUCGAGCUCUUCCGCCCGGAUGCUAAGAUCGACAUUAACAAGUACCGAAAGCGAUAUUCCCACCGUCGCCUGCAUUAA